AAGGGGAAAUGAGAUUGCCUCUCUGGCCACUUCCUGUCCCCACUGCAGUCUCGCUGUCCCCAAGGCUGCUCCUGAAUCAUGGCACCCAGGGCGCUGGCCCUCAUCCUGGGUGAGUGACGAUGGGGACGUGGUGCCACGGGGGGUUGGUGGCCCUGUGUGACGCCAGGACCGUGUCCCUUGCAGGUUGGUGGCUGGCGGCAGCGAGCGGAGCACAGCAACUGCCCCCACCCUCCCUGUCGCUGCACCCCAGCCAGGGGAUAGAAGUGGGGGACGCUGUCACCCUGCGCUGCCACCUGCCCCCAGUGCAAGCCUGGGUCUGGCUGUACCACGAUGGAGGUAGGACACAGAACAAGUACCAGGACAAGGAGCAGGAUGCGGUCGAGUUCUCCUUCGUUAUCACAAGCUGGGAGCACGCAGGGACGUACCGGUGCCAGUACCACGUGUCUGAGCCACUGGGGACAUCGGAAAAGAGCGACCCCGUGGAGCUGGUGCUGACAGAUCGCAGCUUCCCCCCACCCAGCAUUUCUCUGAGCUCCGAGGGACGCGUGAUGGCAGCAAUCAACAUCAGCAUCUGCGUGGAGAGGGGGUCCAACGUCACCAUCCGGUGCUGGAACUGGGAUUACGGAUCCUCCUUCCUCCUGCACAAGGGUGGGCGCUCAGCCCCCAUCCAGCACCAGGACCCCAGUGGGGGAGCAGUGGCCACCUUCGCCCUCUUUGGGGUGUCCCCAGCUGACACCAGCACCUACAGCUGCUCCUACCGCCCCUGGGGUCACCCCUUUGUGUCCUCACCCCUCGGGGACGGCGUGACGCUUGAGGUGACAUCCCCACCUACACGUCCAGGUGACACUGCGGAAUCCCGUGGGAGCCUGGUUGUGGCAGUGGCAGGGGGCUGCGCCACUGCCCUGGCCUUCAGCCUCAUCAUCUUCUUCCUCCUGCCUGCCUGCAGACGGCGGACACAGAGCACGGCCAGCUCUGGUGAACCCCUCAAGAGUUCCAAGGCCAAUGAGCUCCAGGUGCCACCCGGUGACAACGAGGGGCUGACCUACGCUGAGCUGCAAGCUGUGACCCCAGCUUCUGCCGCCCUGGCGCCAGCACGGCCCCCCAACCCCCUGUUCUCUAUGCCGAGGUGGGCUCUGGGAGACCCCACUGAUGCCCCCCACGUCCGACCUCCAAACCACCCCUUUCUACCCCCAAACCCCACCAACGCUCUUGAAGGACCCCCACAGCUCUCAAACUCCGCACCAAACUCCACCCCCUGCCCUGGGGGACCCCUGGAUUGGUCCCGAUUCACCACGAGAGGCCCCCUAUCACUGCAGUGGUGGUGUAACAACGGCUGCGCGCUCCCCCCACGUGUGCAGUUCUGCUCUCACACACGUGUCACCAUCACCGCUGCUGAAACACGGCCGCCUCACAGCGCUCGCAUCCUCUGGUGGGUCUCAAGCUUCAAUGAACAUCAAUGGUGCCGGCCACUUCCUCUAUGGGCUCCUGCUGCCACAUCAGGAGGUGACAUCACAGCAUCCUGUCCCAAAAGGGGAACUGGAAGGAGAUCAAUGCUGCUCUCUGUCCCCACUGCAGUCUUGCCGUCCCCAAGCUGCUCCUGAAUCAUGGCACCCAUGGCGCUGGCCCUCAUCCUGGGUUGGUGGCUGGUGGCAGCGAGCGGAGCACAGCAAUUGCCCCCACCCUCCCUGUCGCUGCACCCCAGCCACGGGGUGUCCCUGGGGGACGCUGUCACCCUGCGCUGCCACCUGCCCCAGUCGGCUGCCUGGGUCUGGCUGUACAAAGGAGAACAUUGGACAUAUCUCAAGUACAAGGACGAGGAGCAGGACACUGCAGAGUUCUCCUUUGAAAGCACAAAGCGGGAGCACGCAGGUUCAUAUCGGUGUCAGUACCGGGUGUCCUGGUCAGCAUUGACAUCAGAGCUGAGCGACCCCGUGGAGCUGGUGCUGACAGAUCGCAGCUUCCCCCCACCCAGCAUUUCCCUGAGCCCUGCAAAACGUGUGGGGUCAGGGACCAACGUCAGCAUCCAGUGCUGGAACCAGGGCUAUGGGGCCGACUUCCUCCUGCACAAGGAUGGGUGCUCAGCCCCCAUCCAGCGCCAGGACUCCAAUGGUGGAGAUGCAGCAGAGUUUACUCUGCUUGCGGUGACCCCGGCUGACAGCGGCACCUAUAGGUGCUCCUACCGCUCCAGGAACCACACCUUUGUGUCUUCAGCCCUUGGGAACAACGUGACUCUGGAGGUGGCACCCACACCUGCACCCCCAGGUGCUGCAGACCGUUCCCAUGGGAUCCCGGUGGUGCCGGUGGUUGGGGGCUGCUCUGCUGCCUUCGUCUUCAUCCUCGUCCUUGGCGCCUUCUUCCUCCUCGCUGCCCGCCGGCGUCGGAUGCGGAGAGAUGAGAGCCCAGGAGCCCCUGCAGAAAAGCCUGAGGACGCCGAGUUCCAGGCGGCUUCCAGUGACAGCGAGGGUCUGACCUACAUGGAGCUGCAAGCCGUGACCCCCGGCGCUCAGCCCCCCAACCCCCCCGCUGACCCCCGGCCCUCUGUGAUCUACGCCCAGGUGGCAGCUGGGAGGCGCCGCUGACGCCCUGCACGCGUGUGCG